AUGCUGUUUCUACAAUUUCUAUUUGUGGAUGUUGUCCUUGGAGGGAGUAUCACUGAAAAUGUGGUCCAGGAAAACAUUUCAUUGUACUUAAUGCAGAUCUCAUCCUAUGCCAACCAGUCCUGGACACAAAAUCUUGGCUCUGCUUGGCUGGAUCAGUUGCAGACUCACAGCUGGGACAGUGAGUCAGGCACAAUAAUUUUCCUACAUGCCUGGUCCAGGGGCAACUUCAGCAAUGAAGAGGUGACGGACAUGCAGCUGCUAUUACGUGUCCAUUUUGCUGAAUUAACAUUGGACGUUCACCAACAAGCCAGUCAGUUACAGUUCAAAUAUCCCUUUGACAUACAGGUGAGACUUGGAUGUGAGCUGCACUCCAGAGAGACCACAAAAAGCUUCCUCCAUGUAGCUUUUAAUGGAUUAAAUUUCCUGAGUUUCCAACACAAAUCAUGUGUGCCAUCUCCAGAGGGUGAGACUAGGGCCCAGAAGGCCUGUGAUAUACUCAAUACUUAUGAAGCCACCAAGGAAAUAGCAUACUAUGUCAUGAAUGACAUCUGCCCCCGUUUACUACUGAGUCUCCUGGAAGCAGGAAAGAUGGAUCUUCAGAGACAAGUGAGACCAGAGGUCUGGCUAUCCAGUAGUCCCAACCUCGAGCCUGGUCGACUUUUGCUGGCUUGUCAUGUCUCUGGUUUCUACCCAAAGCCUAUUUGGGUGAUGUGGAUGCGAGGUGCACAGGAACAACUGGAAACUAAACAAGGCGAUAUUCUUCCACAUGCUGAUGGGACAUGGUAUCUUCGGGUGACCCUGAAUGUGGUAGCUGAAGAGGCAGCUGGGCUGUCUUGUCGAGUGAGGCACAGCAGCCUGAGAGACCAAGACAUCAUCCUCUACUGGGGACAUGGCCUUUCGGUGAUCUUGAUUGCCUUGGCAGUGAUAGUGCCCCUGGUGCUUCUGAUAGUUCUUGUGUUGUUGUGUAAGAAACGUUGCACGUAUCAGGGUAUCCCAUGA